GCAAGGUUCUAACUAUACAAGCCUGAUUCCAUACGACCCAGCUGGCUGUCUGUGCAACAGGUCUGUACUUGUAGACUCAACCUGCGCUAAUUGACAACGUCGUCGUGUAGAGAGGGAAAAUUGGGGUUGGAUCCCGCGACAGGCUCGGAAAGAUGGGUGAAAGUAUAAGCCUGUAAAGAUUUAGUUCCAGCUCAAGGCCUUGUGCGCAGCUUGGCUAUGAACAACAACCUACCGCCUUUCCCGGCCCUCAAACAAACAUUGCCGUUCCACCCAAGCCUCCCCCUAACUGUACGCAAUGCAGGGGCGCUGACCCCUUCCCAAAAAGGACACCCGAUGCACUGCACAGCCCGUCCGUAAUAUUUUACUUUCAAGAUCCUAUAGAGGGUGGGUAUUGUCCGUCCACCCACCUGCGUCUUGUCUAUGGAGGAAGGUGGGCAAGGUCAAUGCUUGGAACACAGUUCUUCCACAACAUAAGAGACAACGCGAGGAACGCCUUCGCAGAAAGGUGCUUCGAUUUUGUAACAUCACCAGCAAAAGGGUUGCUCAUUUCAUACCCUCAACGGACCAACAACAAUAUGGCGGUUUCUCAGGAUCAACGACUUCGUAUCGAUCUCUCGAAGUACGAGAAACUCAGUUGCAAACAGGCAGGACACUUGCGACACUUUCACAACCUCGUAGACCAGAUCGAUGGAGAAUGGUACGGAAUGGGAUCCCAGCAAGACGCUCACCAAGAGUUCCUUGACGCCUACCGAUACCAGCUUGCCCAGAUGUCCUAUGGGGCAGCCGUGGCUCACUACCAUCGCCUCCCGGCCGCCAGAAGCAUCUUCAAACCCCUAUUACGGCGCAUCAUCCACAAGAUGCUUCGGCCCGAAGUCUGGGGCUACUGGUAUCUCACCAGCCAGUCGGGCAAGUUCGUCGACCCGGACAUCACAGAGUUGAGGAAACCAUGGGCCGACCCGGUCGCUACGGAGAACAUCAUGUACAGCGGCCACUUGCUCCUGAUGACCAGCCUGUACGCAAUGCUCUUUGACGACGACGAGUUCGAGAAGCCGGGGUCCAUCACGUUCACCUGGGCUCCUAUAUUCUGGGGGUUCGGCCCCGAGACGUACCGCUACGACAACCGGAGUCUGCAAACGGUGAUUGUGGAGCAGAUGGAACGCAACAACUGGGUCGGUGUCUGCUGCGAGCCGAACAGUGUGUUUGUCGUUUGCAACCAGUUUCCGGCACGUAACUUGCCAUUUGCCCGAGACGCAAGCUUUUGCGGUCCCGCUGACCUGUCACAGAUCAUUGCGAUGCGGUACAACGACGUCCGCGACGGCGUUGAUACCGUGGGCCAUGUCCUCGAGAAGUACAAGAAGGCAAUCGCAGACCACGGGCUGCUACGCCUCGAUGGACUCUACGCAGAGUGGCUGUACUUGAAGCAGGGUCGGGUUGAGCCUCCGAAGGGAGUAACUUCAGUUGCAUGGGCGAAUGCUUUCAUGAACUCCUGGAACACGGACUUUGUCUACUCUUCGUAUGACAAGCAAGCUUUGGGCUUCAUCAUGUCAAUCAAUGGCGAGUUUCGUUUGCAAGACCCCGCUGUUGCUCUGGAGUACCGAAAGCUUGCGCAAACCGAGAAGCCUGGUGAGUGUGAUGAGACAGCAAUGCUCAAGAAAGCUCGAGUCGAGGCGGCAAAACUGCCUCCCAAUCCCUUCCCGCUUACGGCGCCGUAUCUCGGUUACGUUGUGCAGUGGCUCUCUGAACUCGGAAAGGAGAAAGAGCUGAAGGAUCUUCUGGAGUAUGCUGAUUCACGGCUUCUGCCAACGUGGGAGAAGGGUGGUCUCUUUUAUCCGAGGAACAAUACCACAGUGAACGGGAAGGGUGACUGGGUUCACAUGGACCCCUUCACCGGGAACGCUGCGAUCGGCUACGCGCGACUAAACGUCAAAGACGGCCAGAAGAUUAUGUGGGAGAAGCCUUGGACUCACGAGACACUUGUCAGCCGGCCGUGGAUUGAUGAAGUCUCCCUCUCUCAGGGUGUGGAUUGCUUGCGGGCUUGCUGGGACGAUGAGGAAAAGCUGUUGGUCCUGACCCUGAGAGCGUGGGACAAUGAAUCAGUGAAGGUGCAUCCGGUUGCCCGAAACCUCUCUGCCGGUUCUUGGGGAGUAUAUACGCAGGGGGAGCUGGUUCGUCAAGACGUGGUGGAGGAUGGGGGGUCUCUGUCUGUGGACAUUGACGUGUCUAACAAAGACCUGGACAUCGUGUUUCUGAAAAUCUAGGAAGGUGUUUCGGGUAAUAUGCGAUGUAACAUAGUUGUGACAAAGACCAGGAAGAAUGGUCAAGCUGCCGCCAUUAAUUUGCCGAAGGCGUCUACUGUAACUAUCCCACAGCUCAUUUAGGAGCGGCUCAUGACGUCGUUCUGGCUUUCAGUAGUCCGUAGUGCUGGGCCGGUAUCUGAGUAACAGAUCACCAUACUAGAUCAUGCCGGAGCUGAGUCCUCGG